AUGUCCACUUACUCUGUUACUCAGGCAGUGGCGGCGGUGCAGAGCGCAUGGGAGGCCGGCAUCACGCGGCAGCGGGUGGAGCUGCUGCUACCGCUCAUUGGGGCGACAGACCUGGACGACUGGCCCGGUGGCAUCAGGCAGCAGUUCAAGGCCGCGGCGCCGCUGGUGGAGCAGAUGCUGCGCGCGCUGAAGCAGGUGGAGGGCCUGAAAGGGCCGCUGUCGGCCGAAAUCUGGGACGACGGCGACGCGGUCGGUGCUUGGACUGGCGAGAACCUGGCUGCGGUGCUGUUCCCUACAGCGCCCACACUGGAGAAGCUGCAGCAGCUGGCGGGGCGCUCUCCCAAGGUGCUGCUGAUCGUCAACCCACAGUGGGAGGUCCAAGCCGGGCUGACGUCCGACUUUGGCUUUGGCGACCGGAAGCGCCAGCGCCUCGAGUUCGUGGACUCGUUCGUCGACUCCUACUGCCUCAAGCAGCAGCGCAUCACCGGCGACGAGGUGCGCAUCCUGUACGCCCACCCCGGCGAGUGGCGCGUGUACGUCGCGCCGCGCGGCGGCGCGGCGCCGAAGCUGCUCGCGUCGCUGGCGGCGCGGCCGAGCUACAAGGAGGUCGAGCAGGUGCUCAAGACGGCGUACCCAGAGGGCAACGCGAACAAGGGGUGGCUCGAGCGGAUGAAGGACGAGGCGGCGUGGGUCCAGGACUCGCUGAAGCAGCCGCCCCAGUGA